AUGCUCGGAAUUGACACGCUGAUCAUUGACACCGAAAACACCAUCGGUGACAAUUGGCGGAGACGAUAUCAUCAGCUCGUCCUUCAUGAUCCGGUUUGGUACGAUCACAUGCCCUACCUAUCAUUUCCGCCAAAUUGGCCGAUCUUCACGCCAAAGGAUAAGCUUGCUGAGUUCUUUGAAUCUUACGCUAAGCUGAUGGAGCUCAAUGUUUGGGUCAAGACGAGCAUAGAGUCAAGCUCGUGGGACGAGGCCAAGAGGCAAUGGACCGUUACUAUCAAGCGCACCAAAGAGGAUGGCACGGAGACCCGUACACUGCAUCCCAAGCACGUCAUCCAAUGCACCGGUCAUUCUGGCAAGAAGAACUACCCCACCCUGAAAGGAAUGGACGGUUUCAAGGGUGACGUACUCUGUCAUUCUUCUGAAUUUAAGGGAGCACGCCCCAAUGGCAAAGGCAGGAAGGCCGUCGUAGUUGGAUCCUGCAAUUCAGGCCACGAUAUCUCGCAGGACUUCUACGAGAAUGGAUAUGACGUUACGAUGGUGCAGAGGUCGACCACCUGUGUCAUCUCCAGCGAAGCGAUUACCGAGAUCGCUUUGGCUGGGCUGUACGACGAAAACGGUCCACCUGUGGACGACGCAGAUCUAUUUCUCCACAGUCUACCCAGUGAAGUCCUGAAAGCCCUGCAGGUCAAAGUUACCGAAUUGCAAAACCGGCACGACGCGAAAAUCCUUGAAGGUCUACAGAAAGUUGGUUUCAAGAUCGACCAAGGACCUGACGGUGCAGGACUCUUCAUGAAAUACUUCCAACGUGGGGGCGGAUAUUACAUCGAUGUUUCUGCUUCUCAAUCGAUCAUCGACGGCAAGAUCAAGAUCAAACAAGGGCAAGAAAUCGACGAAAUCCUGCCCAACGGACUGCGCUUCGCGGAUGGCAGCGAGUUAGAGGCAGACGAGAUAGUGUUCGCCACGGGAUACAAGAACAUGCGGACGACGGCGAGGGACAUCUUUGGCGACGAGGUCGCGGACCGUGUUGGCGAUGUCUGGGGGUUUGACGCCGAGGGCGAGAUGCGGACUAUCUGGCGGCGGUCGGGACAUCCGGGGUUCUGGUUCCACGGCGGCAACCUGGCGCUGUGUCGGUACUAUUCCAAGUUGCUGGCGUUGCAAAUCCAGGCGUUGGAGGAGGGGAUUGCGAAGUAUUAA